GAAAGCUGGGUCGAGUUAUCCUAAAGCACCCUUGCUCUGCCGUGCAAACAAGGGUAGUGGUAUCCUUCGUCAGGAGUGGCACUCCCGAGAGCCCUUUAAUGCAGUUUACAUCAAGGGCUGCUCAUAUUCCAAACGGGCGACGCAAUCAAGAUGGCACAACAGCAGCGUGUGAGACCGCAGGUGGCGACAGCCAAUUUGAUCACCAGCACUCCAAAACAGGAUCUGGCUGCUUUGACGCUCCAGCAAAGCGCUGCUGCGGUCAAGACACUCGUUGACACCAGCCUAGGCUGCAUCAUGUAUCUUCGUGGAAUAUUUCCUGAAGAUCACUUCGAAGAGGUGGUUCUCCCGUCCGGGCGCCCAAUGACGACAGACGAGAGUGGAAAAGCUGUCAAAAUGAAGGGAGAUGGUUCAAUCAAAGUCAAGAAGCUUAAGCGUGGCUGUUCGAGUGAAGGCGACCGUCUGCUGGACUACUGGGAGAAAGGGGUCCAGGACGUGCUGGACAAAGAGUACCUCAAGAGUUUGAUUCUCGCAGUCUCCCUGGAUCCGGAUGACCCCCAGAAUAUCGUGGAGGCCUACACAUUCAACUUCAAGUACGAAAGCAUACAAGGGACGAAGAGGAGAGCACCUAUUAUGGAGCUGUCCGCGCGCCUCAGAGGGAUUGACAUGAGCGGCGGCGGCUGCUUCAGCCUGAAUGCGGAUACUGAGAAGAACCUUCCGACGGCAAGGGAAGUGCGAGCAAGUGCACAGUCCAUAAUUCGCAAUCUUAUCACCAUGACGCAGACCCUGCAAGAGCUUCCUAGGCGUCGCUUCAUCACCUUCAAACUAAUCUACAAUGACACCGCUCCCGCUGAUUACCAGCCACCGUUCUUUGACGCAGCUGACGCAGCGAACCAUCGAUUCAUGUUUGGCACCAAGACGCUGCAGCAAGCCCCAGAAGAGAGCUCGUUCGGAACGCUAGAGACUGGACAUCAGAGUGUCUCAGUGCAUGUUGCUUCUCUCGCAGAUGCUCUUCCAUUACCCGUCGUCAUUGACCCCGAUGCAGGGCGCAAUAUGAUCAGCGCAAGGACAGAGGUUCUGCAACAGGAGGCGAUCUUGCAGAAGCAAGAUUCCGAUGAACGCUGCGUGGUCUGGGAUGCCGAGGAAAAUGCGCAUGGAGGGCUUUCGGACAUCGAAGAAGUGGACGAAGAACCUGAUACAGAUGCAGAUGGCGAGCCAGGCCCUGAUAACCACAACUCAUGGUUGAAACAGCACCAAGCCCGCCUCGAUCGCAAGAAACGUGUCGGUUUCAAGCGUGGCUUCCAGCCCGGCGUGCCUGUUGGCGUCAGGCUUCCCAACGGAAAGAUCACUCCCAUGCCACUCGCUGCGGUCGAAGAAGCAGCCAAACGCGAGGCAGCUAGGCGUGAAGGUCACACAGUCGCUGAAGAUGACCUCACCGACGUGGAAAUGUUCGUCUCCAAAGUCAUUCGCAAGGAGUGGGAUAUCGAAACAAACACCGACUUGCUGCAUAAUGUCUUUUCUCCCAGACGCUAUGGAUCCCUUCAAAGCACUCUGCAGCCUCACUCAUCGAGCCCGAUUUUGAGAAAAGCAAACCCGACCAUUCAGUCUCAAGAGUCCAAGCAAUUGGCUCCCACGAACGGUCAAAAUGUAUAUCAGGAGACCGUGCAGGCUACAUCACAGCGGGAGAAUCAUCUUCAGCAAGUCCCCACACGACAGGCUCAUUCUGGGCAGAGUCGUGCUCCGGCUUCUUCUCGAGGUUACCUGCAUGGGGACGUCGAAAUGCAGAACGCUUCUCCGGCUUUGCCCUCUGACUCUCAAACCGAUGCUGUGGGCAUUUCCAGCCAAUCGGUGACCCAAACUGGGGAUCAAUCUCACACUCACUCACAAUCUCAGAGGACUCUUCGUCCUCGUGCUGGUCGCGCGGAAAAAGAGUCGUUGCUGAAUGCCUCGUUACCCAAACCGAACCAAUCAGCAGUGGUGUCCGAAGACAUCACGCGAUGUGCUUGUGAAGAUGAUGACGAUGAUGGCCUUAUGAUACAAUGUUCGUCAUGCUCGGUUUGGGUCCACGCGACGUGCUAUGGCUUCAGAGACACCGCAAAUGUCCCGGAUGAUUUCCUCUGCUAUGCUGACCGCAUCAAAGCUCUGCCGCCGGUGGCCUCGCCUGCGCAUAUCGAGGGAAAUGAUCUGAUCGAGGAUUUGCAAUGGCUUGCUCUGAAACGCCGCGCUCUGCACUUGAUGUACAUCACCGACAGAGCUUGGCCCGACUCGGUCCAGAAAUUGGCUCAAAAAAUUGGGGCAAACAUUCGCAUGGCGACCAAGAUCCGCAACGAGUUGGAACAAGAAGGCUUCCUGCGCAAGGCCUCUCCUGAACUCGAUCCGCAUCUGUUCCAGCGUCAAAGGUCGGUCUCGCACUCGCAGAGGAAAGGUCGAGCUCGACCUCGCAAGGCGACUACGUCCCAACUGGUGAUGGUUGACACGCUUCCAGUCAAGACGAGCGCCAAUGCAUUGUACUUCACCCCCGGACUCGGCAAAGAGCGCGAGAUUCUAGAGGCACCUGCUAAGCAACGGCACAAUACCGGAGGAGCAGACCUUUCCGGCGAAGGCUCAAUGAGCAGGAGAUCUGAUCCACACGCUGCCACGGCUGAGGCGAAUAGUCAGGAGGACCUCAAGUGCAACCACACGCUCGUGCUGGACAGCUGCGACCCUGCAAGUGCCGAAGGGAUGCCUGAAAUUCAGGGCAUAGCGCGUUUGGCAGCCGGAGUUGUCAAUGCCGGCUCCGGCGCAGCUCGAGUAACUAUGAUUCUUGACAAGACGGCAGCCCGCAACGCCACGCCUGUGCUUGUGGGACAAAGUCAUGAAAGUGUUGCUGGUCAACAAGUCGCUGCAACGCUGCCGCAGCAUUUACCAAUGAUGGCAGAGCCCUCCAAUUCCGAUGCGAAUGCCCAAUCAGCAGGCGCUUGCCAACUAAUGGCUGGCAUCCAAGAUUUUAUCUACAAAUCUCCUGAGAUCCUGCCAACGAAUAUUGCUACCACGUCCCAACCCAGUCACACUGUCUCCGUUCCUUUCAAGCCCAUCAUUCCCGCUCGCAAGAAAGGCAUUCCUGCCAAGGCCCAAUCUGGAGACGGAAGCGCCGUUACUCCUAUUUCGUCUGCUAGACCUGCGGAUGAUUCCAUUGUUUGUCCUGAAGCUACAGAGCAUGGCAUCUGGUCCAUGAAGCAGAUCAGCGAUGAGGGUGUAGCCCUUGAGAAUGGGAGUGAAGGCUGUCGCGAGACGAUCGAGAAGUUCAUUCCGCCACAAAACGCCAGACAUGGUGACCACUUAGCCGCCAACAAACGCUUUGCUCCCACCGACUUUCAUUGGCCAGGCGCGAUCAAGAAGAUAUCGAUCGCAAGCGCCAUUGAAAUCCAGGACGAAAGUGACUUCAUAGACUCCUUGUGAUCAAGGAGGCCUUCUGCAGCUUUUUCACCGGACACUGCCACAUGUUCUCUGUAUGUCUAAUGACGAGCGGCUCUGCUCAUACAGCCCAUGCAUCAGACGAAUGAUGCUCUGCUGCUGCAAGUUGUUAGCAACAUGUAUGAAGACUGCUUCCAAGUGAGGAUUAGGUUGC